CUAUGCCAGAAACAAAAUCAGCAAAAUCCGCAAACGUCAAAACAAUUUUUGAUUGUGACGUUUACAAAAUUUAAUGUCGGUGUCGUAAAAAUCCAAAAAAGUUCCACGUAUCAUGGGAGAUGCUCCAGCCCCAGAACCAGAAGCCAGCCCACCGAUCCCCAAUGAAGAAGUUCACCUGGACAUAGAACGGCCUUUCGGCGGGCUAGAGUUCCAAGUAUCUGACUUGGUCGGGAGGUUGGAAGCUGGCGUGAACGCUCACGAUGCCACUGACGACGACAGUCCGAAGAGUCCGGUGGAGGGGCGUAAGAUUUCGGCGGGAUUCUUCGAGCCAGAGUGUUCCUCUAUGGGGGAGAUUCUGCAGACGCUAGAGGAGCUGGUUGUGAAGACUGACCCGACGUGUGACAGCUCGGAGCCGCCGCUUCUGCCCACGGACGCGCCGGCGCGGGCCGCCAUCCUGUCCCACAGCAUUGUGGCUCUCUUUGGCAGGCUCGAGCGAACCCAUGCAGCCAGACUUGGCGCUCACAUCGCCAGUGAGACCACGAGAUGGAUGUCUCAUAUGUUUAGACUGGCUGACUACCAUGCAUACUAUCAUGCAGAGCAGAUGGAGGGUCUCGUCAGAGUCACAAGGAUGUUGCUGCAUCACCGCUACCCCAGAUACCUUGAGGAUGGUGCUCUAGCGCUGACCAGCCGGAUGCCAUGCAUCUACAGCUCGGUGAGCAGCCCGCUGGGAGUCGUGCAGCAUCUGUGCAGACAGCUCGGCCUGCCGUUAGCUUGUGUUAGGCCUGUGCCGGUGCACCCUGAAGGCCGAGGCAUGGACACCGAAGCCCUCGACCGGCUAGCGGAAGAAGACGCCGCCUCCGGGCGCUCCCCGCUCCUAGUCCUGGGCGAGGCGGGCGCGCCGCCGCUGGGCUGCGGGUCGCGACUGCGGCGCCUGCACGCUGCGUGCCGCGCGCGGGGGCUGCACCUGCAUCUCAGUGGACACGCGCUGGCGCUGCCCGGCGCGCUGCAGCCGAGACAGAGCUUCAGCAUAGCAGACUCCGUGACGAUAACGCCGGGACCGUGGUUUGGAAUACCGGGGCUCCCCACUGUUACAUUCUACAAAAUACCUGAACCAGUUACAGCUAACGACCACUCCAAAUCUGUAAAUGCUGCGGGCAGCCGCGAGGUGGCGCUAGCAGCACUAGCGGGGCUAACGGGCGGAGGCGCGCGGCUGCCGGCGCUGCCGCUGUGGGCCGCCGUGCGCGCCGCCGGCGCCGCGCCGCUCGCAGCACACCUGGCCACUGCCUUCAGGUCGGCGAGAACAGCGUAUACAAUUAUGAAAAAUGCUGGGUUAAAAAUUUUGAGCUCACCGCCAGGCGGCGACGAACUACCAAAUGUAGAUAUAAUAGACGCAGUAUCAGCGGCAUCAGCGUGCGUGUCGUUCCAAUUCGCAUGCGCAGGCACUGACAAGCCGCCGCCCUACUACCACAAGCUCAACUCGUGGCUCGGACAGGUGCUACAGAGGGAGGCUGACAUGAUAAGCAUAGAAGUCUGCGAGACAGAGUCCCACGGGAUAGUGCUCCGGUACUGUCCGCUAGAGGGCUCCAUACUAGACGAGGCGCGCGCCCCCGAGCUCCAGGCGGCAGUGGAGGCGCAGAUGCACGUGCUCACCGCCACUGUGGAGCUUAGGGAACCUUUUCAACAAAAAGUCACAGAGUCACCAUUGCUGAGGCUAGUGCACGUGCCCGGCUGGGCGGGUCUCGGUGGCGUCCGUUACGUCCCGUCCGGCUGGGAUGAUGCUGAGACUGAAAACCUGAAUGAGUUGAACAAGAAGUUGGUAGACACGUUGCGAGCCACCGACGGGGCUUUCUCUUGCGGUGAUGGCGAUGACGGAAUGGCUUGUGUGAGGUUCGGCAUGGUGACGGCGGACACGGACGUGGAGGAGCUGCUACAGCUGGUGCUGGCGGCGGGGCGCGAGGUCGAGGACACCUCGCGCGCGCUCAGCACCAUGAGCGAGGUGCUCAAGAAGGGCAUAGAAGAAGCGGAAGCGGACCUAUCCCGCGAGCAGUACGAGCGUCUCUGGCAGCAGGGCGUGCUGGGCCGCGUGCCGGUGGUGGGCCGCGUGGUGCAGUGGUGGGCGCCCCCCGCGCCCGCGCGCGGCCGCCGCCUGCAGCUCGCGUCCGGCCGGCUGCAGCCCACUGACGACGUGUACAAGUACGUCCAGAAGAAGUCCAAAGACGACGGCGAGCCGGCCCGGUCGCACUCGCCAGCUCGCCCCGCGCAGUAGCAGUCUUCCCGCACAGCUGACACCCAGAAUGUGCCUUUCCGUCGGCGGUUAGUGCAGAGCCUUUGUCUACUCCCCGACGCGAGGUUGACCUAGAUAAAUAAAAAAAUGAGGUCAUGAAGAAUUAGGUCAUCGCUUGGUGGCAAGAUGCGCAAAGCGCGCCCCUGGAUCAUGAGACGGCACGAUGUCCACUCGCCUCUGCCGUGAACGUAGUCGCGGGUCGAGCCAGCUAGCACGCGGAAUAGAUACGUCGCAGUUCCAGCUAAAUCGAUGACAGCGGCAGCGCGCGCCUAAUGCAAUCUGCAGCGUAACAAAGGGAUCGAGGCCAGUCGCGUACGAGCGAAGCGUUCGUUGUAAUUCGAGGUUUGCUCUGGUACCAUAAUUUCUACAUCGCCAGCACAGAAGGAUAGCGGGAGAAAAUACUGAGGAAAUAAAUUCGUAAACAGUAAAAA